CCAAAAGCAGCAAGAGAACCAUGAAGACCGCCGUUGUCCUUAUCCUGACCCUGUUCGUGGCCAGCGGAUGGGCCCAACCGCUGGACAUGCCCGCCCAGCUGGACGCCCAGGUGCACAGCGUGGUCGAGGAGAUGACCGAGAUUGGCAAGUCGACCGGCCAGGCUCUGGUGCACCAGUACGAGGAGAUCGUCGUGGAGCCGCAGCAGGAGCUGGAGGAGGCCCUCGAUCUGGUAGAGUCGCGUCGCCAGGAGAGUCCCGAGUGCGUGGCCGCCGAGGAUGAGGAGAUCGCCCGCAUCGUUGACGCCGCCCACGAGGAUCUGCACUCCUGCGGCGUCGUCGCUGCCCAGACCUCCGCCGAGAUUGUCUCUGAUGUGAACGCCGCCACCCAGCAGCUGGUCUACGGUGGCUACAGCCUGGGACGCACCUACAACAAGUGCCAGUCGUACAAGAACUCCGUGCUCAAGCAGUCCUGCAUGGCCAAGUUCUAUGUGCAGGCCACCGUCUAUCUGGUGAGUGCCCGCUCCUCGAUCAAGACCAUCCGCAAGUCCGCCAGCGAGCGCAUCCCAGCUGUCUUCGUAGCCGGCAACGUUUGCACCCAUUCUGCAUCCUCGCAGGCGGUGCUCGGCCUCCAGGAGGUCAACAGCCACAUCGACGCCUGCGUUUCCCGUCGCCGCUAAUUCAUCCGCCUGCUUUAAAGCAAAUAAAGAUUGUGGAUUUGCAAUGCAAAGAUCGAUAAGCAUUUAAAAUAAAAAGAAAGCUUUUUUUUAA